AGGAGACAAUUAGGGAAUCCCACGUGGGUAAUCAGGGGGCGUGGCACACACGAGGAGCGGACGAGCCGGGCAUCACAGAAUGGUAAUAAUUUUUAUUUAUCCUCAUUUUUAUUUUGUGCUUACACACGAAAAGGCAUUUAAACUAACAUCAGCAGAAGUUUUAAAUGUGCGACCUUGUGCUUUAGAGAACGACGAACUAGUAUUGUGUACUGUACAGCAGAUUAAAUAGGACAAAUAGUUUAUUGCGCAUAUCUACCGCACUGCGGCGCUGUCUGUUUGCUUGAUUAUGAGUGGAGUUGCGUCUACCGAGGCAAACCGUGACGCUUCAGUGUCUAGCUGCUAUUAUACGGAAAGGCUAGAAAUUGAAAUACAGAAAUUAACACUCAAGAUGGUCAAAGGGACUGAGGCAGUCACGGAAUAUCAGCCUUUGCUCAGUGAUAGUAACAUGAAGCUUCCUAAUAAAUCCCUCCUGCUGGCUAUUUGCGCAGUCGGCAUCGGAGGCAGCUUUCAGUGCGGUUAUAACAUGUCCAUUAUGAACGCUCCCACAAAGUCAAUCCAGAAUUUCAUCAACCAGACCUGGCUGGGCCGAUACGAGAUAGACAUCACAGAGCACAUGCUUACUCUGCUGUGGUCCAUCAUCGUCUCCAUUUUCACACUUGGGGGUUUGAUCGGUGCUACCUUUGGUGGAAAACUGGCCAUCAAGCUUGGGAGGAAAGGGGCCCUAUUGAUAAACAACACCUUUGCCUUGCUGGCCGCUCUGUUGAUGGGGCUGAGUUAUCCAUCGGGAGUCUAUGAGCUUCUUAUUGUUGGCCGUUUUCUGUCCGGGAUUAAUGCGGGUGUCGGCGUGUGUGUGCAGCCCCUGUAUCUGGGGGAAAUCGCCCCGAGAGCAUUUCGUGGGGCAGUGGCGAUGGGUACAUCCAUCUUUAUAACCGGUGGUAUUUUGGUAGGACAGGUGAUUGGCCUCAAAGAGCUGCUUGGCAGGGACGACCUCUGGCCUGUUCUGCUGUCCACCACGUCCAUCCCAGCCAUGAUGCAGCUUCUUAUUCUGCCCUGGUUCCCAGAGAGCCCGCGGUACCUGCUCAUCGAACGAGGCGACAGUGAUGCGUGCACAAACGCACUGAGAUGGCUGCAUGGCCAGCAGGACUACAGUGCGGAAUGGGAAGACAUGGAGAGGGAGAGGAUCAGCAGCCAGGGGCAGGAGCCAAUGUCGCCAUGGCAACUUGUCAGGAACCCCACCCUCCGCUGGCAGUUGACCACUUCAGUGCUGCUGAACGGCAUCAAUGCUAUUUAUUUCUAUGCCAGUUACGUGUUUGGCCAGUCAGGGAUUCCAGCCAGCAAAAUCCCCUACGUGACACUGGGGACGGGUGCUUGUGAGUGUCUCACGGCCCUCACCUGUGGCAUGCUCAUCGAAUCACUCGGAAGGAGAGUGUUGAUCAUCGGGGGUUACUCACUGAUGACCUUUUGGUGUGCCUGUUUAACCUUAACGCUGACUUUACAGGACAUCAGCCCCUUGGUGCCUUACCUAAGCAUGGCUUGUGUCUUCGCUUUUAUUCUGAGCUUUGGUCUGGGACCAGGCGGUGUGACCAACAUCCUAAAUGGCGAGCUAUUCACCCAGACCUCGCGAUCAGCUGCCUACAUGAUUGGAGGCUCCAUAAACUGGUUGAGCUUAUUCAUUAUAGGCAUUUUGUUCCCAUUCAUUGUGAAUGGCCUGAUGCAGUACUGCUUCCUUGUGUUCCUGGUCAUAUGCUGCGUGGUGGCAACAUACAUAUUCUUCAUGGUCCCAGAAACCAAGAACAAAACCUUCCUGGAAAUACAAGCUGAGUUCCAGUCUAAAUAUGAAAGGAAAAAUAAGACGAGGAACAGCAGAGGAGCUGGAAUUACCCUCUGCUCGGUGUCACGGUGAAAUCAUGUGUGUCUGGAGUGUGCAUUUAAAAACAUAAUAAUAUCGCUGUAAUUAUUAUUACUACUAACACUACUACUACUACUACUAAUAAUAAUAAUACUAAUAAUAAUAAUAGUAGUAGUAGUGGUGGUAUACUGUUAAUAUCAGAUGGGUGGCAUCUCUGAAUUGUUCAAUAGACCUUGAUGUCUAGACGAUGCGAUAUCGCUAAAUAUUUACAGCAGUGUUUUUGCAGGGUGAGUCAUGCAGACGAAACAACACAGGGUGCUGUGAGCUUAAUUACUAUACAUGUUAUCGAUAAAUGAAUUAAGUCCCUUUUGUCUGUGGUAAUUAACUUGGAGAGGAGGUGUAUAGCCUCGGAUAAUGAAGAUCAAAUGGGAGAGUCAUUACUUUGCUUGAUACGCAACUGUGCCAAAAUGUUACAACUAGUCUUACUGCUCACACUAAAAAUACACUCAGUCACAAAAAAGUUAAGCACCCAGAUGGAGUGGUGGAAAUAAAAUGAAUCUGCACGUGG